AUGGAUGUCGAGAAGAGGACCGAAGCCUUCGUCUCCCGCGAUGGUGCGGCCGUCACCGGACAAGAUGGCGACGAGACAGACAACUCCAGCACUCUCCCGCCGCCCAUGACAACUCCGUACCCCGAGCCGACGUUCGAUGACCGAAAGGCAUGGAUCACCGUCGUGGCGUCUUCGUUGACGAUGUUUGUCUACCUGGGAAACGUCUACUCCUGGGGCAUUAUGCAAGUCAGACUAGUCGAGACCACAUCGUCAAGUCUGACAACCUUGACGUUUGUUGGUUCCCUCGCUACAUCGUUCAUGAUCUGCUUCAGCAUCUUGUCCGACAAGAUCUCUGUUUCCACCGCACCGAUGAGCCUAUUCAAGAAGCACAAGGCACUAGCAAUGGGCUUCGUGUUCGGUGGAGGAAGCCUCGGAUCCGCAAUCAUGAGCGUCGUAACCAAUUAUCUGGUCAAGGAUCUGGAUGUCGCAUGGACCUUCCGCAUCCUCGGCUUCAUCCUGUGGGGAGUGUCGAUGCCAGCCUCCUAUUUCCUCCCAUCGAGAAAGAGACUGGGCAACAAGAGUUCGCGCCAGCUACAGUGGUAUCGCUUCAAACAACCCCGUUUUCUCUUGCUUGUCGGCGGCACUGUCCUCGCUUGCUUCCCUCUUUUCAUUCCGCCUUACUUCAUCCCCAUCUUCUCUCGAUCGAUGGGAUACUCCAAGGAGAUUGGGGUCAUCAUUCUUGCUGCCUGGAACUUGGCGUCUACUCUCGGUCGUGUCGUCGCUGGCUGGGUGGCUGACUCAGUGCUGGGCCCUGUAGAGAGCCUCGCAAUUUGCAUGCUCUUCAUGGCCCUCAGCUCGCUGGUUGUUUGGCCCUUGUCGUCAUCGAUCGGCAUCUUUUCCAUCUAUCUUAUCUUCAACGGCAUUGGCUGCGGCGCGUUCUUCAGCCUGACCCCCAUUGCGGUUAGUUCCACCUUUGGUGGAGAGAACACGCUGAGCAUUAUCCCAGUCGUAUGGACGACUUGGUUCUGUGGAUUCUUCUUUGGAACUCCUAUUGCAUCCGGUCUCUACUCGUUGUCUGGUCGCUCAGACGGCCUCGAGGCGUUUCGUCCAGCCGCGUACUACGCCGGAGCAAUGGCACUGGCUGGGUUUGCCUGCGUUCUGGGGAUUCGGUUCACUCGGUCUAAACCGGCCCCGGAAGAGAAAGUUUGA